AUUCUUAACCUUCCUUUGUAAUAUCAGGGUCGGUGUUUCCCCUGCGACGGACAGCGCCGCUGUGGCAACAUGGGGUACUACGCUGACCGGUCCUUGGGCCGCGGUCAACUCUACUUACUCACCAGGGAGGAAGAACCUUUUUGUGCACAUCAAUACCACGUGUCGGUGUGGGCCAGUAGCGCAGCAGGAGAGAAGGCAAACUUCGGCCGAGUGACGCUGACCUUGCACGGAGACUCCGGACUCAACGAGUCCUUCCCGAUGACCAAACGAGAAGACGUAGUGAACGGCAGUGCGAGGUUCACGCGAGUGUUGGUGCCGCACCCCGCGCUGGGCGUGCCACUGCGCGCCUCCCUACAUUACGCUGGCUACUCCGGCUGGCUCAGCGCUAGUGCCAAGUCCAUACACAUACAUAAACUGCUCAUCACUGACAGCUUCUCCAAGACGUCAUCGUUCUGCAAAAAGGGAAUUCAGUUAUUAUCCGAAGAAUCAAUCGAAAUGCCGCUGUACCCUGGGGAUUGUGAAAUACAAGAGGAGAAUGAGCUAUUGAACGCAACAAGUAAUCUUCAUUAUAUGAACAAACAAAACACAACAAAAGAAGAAGGGAACACCAUUGACCCUGUUGACAACGAACUCCCCGAGGACUCUCCACAGCGACCAUUCACCUUAGUGGACACGUAUGAGUGGACGGAAGGAGAAAACACAGGACGAGCCUUCGGAAUGACCAACACCAAAACUGCUCCCAGUGGAGCUAUCGAAAUCGCCGAGCCAGUGCUCCGACCACGAUUACGAAAAACGCCUCGCCAGCGAGCCGACUCACCCGACGAACAAGAGAUAUCGGAACCAUUACUGAGAGCGACGCGACCACCGAGGACCACAACUAUUUCACCAAUACGAAAAGCUAAGAACUACGACAUGUCAACUACACCCACUUACGAUACCGUAACGUGGGGUGAGAGAGCCGAGAAAGAGGAACCGGGAUUUGUUGUUCAAUUCCUGCCUUCCCGACUGGCAUCGUUCAUUUCGAGAGCCGAACGAUAUGCCCGAGAUACCUUACUACCUCUAGUGUCAGCCUAUGCACCGCGCUUGCCAAUAUUCGGCUCCCGAGAGGUGCCGAAACCAACUGCGAGGUUUAUUCCCACCGAGGAAAUUAAUGUCACGAGUUCUAUACCCGUGCCGACACCUACUUUAGAAAUGAAAAUCGAAACGUUGCGGACAGUUGGACCGCCAGGAGCGAAGCGCGAUAUGGAGUCUCCAGAAGACCCAGAAAUACCAGUGACCACCACGACUACUACCACUACUAGUACAACCACACCACCAACUACAACUACGACUCAAAAAAUUCGAGCGUCGCCCACCGAGAUGCUGAAAAUAGUGCCGGGACCGGCCGUAUCAACAAGCACAGCGCUACCACCCGUAGCGCUGAGAAGUGAAGGCGAAAAGAUAGUCAUUGUGUACCCAAGCAAUGCGAGAGACGAGCGAAAGAUACGAUCGCACUCGUACCCAGAGGAGUUACAGUUCGAAGCGCUGUACCGACACACGGGCUCGCCCACAGACCUACACGUGGACCUCCCGACGUUCACCCCGCCGACCACUACCCUUGCACCCAGUACUACGGCACCAGCUAAAAAUGAAGCCAGGUACAUUCCUGUCGGGUACGUCAAACCAGGCGACGAAAUUCCAUCCAACUCUAGACAAACGUGAGUGGACAUUAAGACUGUGAGGUACU